AUGGCAGUGUUAAUUUUUCUAUUUUUGUUUGCAUUUGGAGACUGUCUACCUUUUAAUGUGUCAUCAGAAUUCUACUCAUCCUCUACUCCUGAGACUCGAGACGAAUGGGAGCGUAUCGUGGGCGGAACCAAAGCACCCAAUGGCUCAAUCCCCUACCAGGCCUCGUUAAGGGUAUUCGGAGUUCGGCAUUUCUGUGGAGCUUCUGUUAUAACUCCGAGGAUCAUAUUGACAGCUGCACACUGUUUGGAGAGUAUGUUACCAAGCUACUACCAAGCUGUAGUAGGCACGAACCAACUGCGAACAGGAGGUAAAGCUUACAACAUCCGAAAAAUGGUCAUGCAUGAAGAAUACGAUUCUUAUACACUAAAGAACGACAUUGCCUUACUGUUCACUGAAAAGGAGAUGGAGUUUGACUCUAAUGUUGAUGCCGUGGAGUUAAAUGACGAGCCUGUUAUGAAGGGAGAGGAUGUGAUGUUGACUGGUUGGGGGGCUACCUCGUAUCCAGGUCAUGUUCCAAACGAUCUAAUGCAGCUGGAUCUUAAGUCGAUUUCAUUAGAGGAGUGCCAGGAAGCACACAAGGACACCGACGCAGUGUUUGACACUAAUAUCUGUGCGGGGACCAAGACCGGGGAAGGAGCUUGCUUUGGAGAUUCCGGUGGGCCCUUGGUAAGAGAGGGCCGGCAAAUUGGCAUUGUGUCGUGGGGUAUACCCUGUGCCAAGGGUAAACCCGAUGUUUAUACCAAGGUAGAAGCCUACAUGCGUUGGAUAGAGACGACCCUUUACGAUGAUGAUGAAGAGCAUUUGAGGUACCUGAAGAACCACAAGAAUUUCAAGGGAAGAGCAACUAACCGUCACUAG